AUGUCUAUCUUCUACCUCCUCACUCACAACAAUCAAGACUUGAACUACCGUCAUACGGCAAUGUCGCAGAGCAUCGUUCCGUACCUCUUGGGUACACUGGCAUUCUUCAUCUAUGUCUGGUACUCGUCACUUCGCACCAGCGCUGGUCCCCAUCGUCGAGUAGUAGAGCAGUUCGAGUUCUCCGAGGCUACGUAUGAAGAGAAGAUCAUCUACCUUAUGAACCAAAUGCGUUGGUGGGACUACUACUGCGGCCUCUGGCUCAUGCACCUGGUCAUCCACCUAGGUAUCGCUUGUCAGACUCGCGACUGGCCGUACACCAUCUCUGUCACAUACAUCGUUGUAUGUGUCGCGUACUUUUACAUCUUGUCCAUGUCAUUUGCUCUGGCUGAGAUUCAACUUCCCAACCUCUGGGCUGUGAUAACCGACGGCCACCGGAUGAAAUGA